CUCUUGUACCCCACCUUGCUUUCCCCAUGGAACCAGCCAGCCAGUGCUCAUGUUUCUCCUCGGAUCCACCGCCGUCGUCCACCUCGCGCCACCAACUGCCCAAACUCCGAGACCCCACGAUCCCCGCAAGCUGCAGUGCCCUCUCAAGCAGGGAGCAGCAGCACGCGAGCAGCAGCAUCCGCCCAUGGAAGUCGCGAUGCAGGAGCACCCGAGCCAAGCCAUCCAUGGAGAUUCGUCGCCGCUGAAGCCGUUCGCCGCCGCGAAGACCCAGGCCCCGUCACAACCACGUCGAGAUGAUGUCCCCUGCAGCGCCAUGAGCCACCUGCAGACCUUCUCCCGUGGGCAACCUCGCCCGUCUCAGCCAUCCUCGCCUCCAAUUGGAGCUCCCUCCCUUGGGGAAUGGGUUCCGUGCCUCCGGAUGUGGCGGACCCCCCGCUUCCCCGCCGGCGCCCGUCCCCGACAGCCGCUCGCCCCGGACCUCCUCAAUGAGCAUCUUUGCCGCGUUUUUCUGCUCCUGUGUUGGUAAGACCCCCGUGCACUCGUGGAGCAGAGAACCCGCUGCUAUGUUAGUAUUGGUGGAAAUACCCCUGCUCAGCUAUCACAUGAACGAGCAUAGCGGAGCUGGUCAACCGCGAUUUUUGCUCAUGUUCCUUUUAUUGGUGCACAUCUACACCCUGUCGUAGUUCUGAUUCAUCUAGAAUAAAGUUCCUGUUAUAUCAAAAA